AUGUUGGAGAGCUGGAUUUCUGAUAUCUGCGAUGGUAGGGAUACGCAAGAUUAUUCUAGACUCGAUAUUUUGGAACAAAGAGUUAUACUGCGCUUUUUGAUAACGUGUUUCCAGCGCAUAGAAAUCACUCAAGUCCGAAAGUGUUGCAUGCAACUCCUUUCACCUUGCAUUUGGUUGCACAUUUCCCCUUCUUCACGCGAUACCUUUCUCGAUAACAAGGUUGCAAAGGCGCUAUUUACCAGGGCCGUUCAGAUGGUAAAGAAGAAAGUGGAGGAUUUGGACUCUUCAACAUCAACAUUGGGCAAUGUGCAAACUGUUAGGGAUUUGUAUACCGUUACACAUUUUGGAGAUGAGAAACAUCUUGAGCUGGCCAACAAGAGAGCAUUAUUUAUACUUUCAAGGGACUUUGUAAAUUCCAUUUUAAACCAUUUUGUAUUUGUGCUAGAGGAUGGUUUAGAUGCGUCUACUUUGGAUUCUAUAGAGAGCCUAGGAAGUGUUUCAAAGGAAGAUGUGAGUUAUGCCCAUAUAAUGCAGCGAAUCAUGCUUUGUGAAAACUACCUAGAGUUUAUAAUAGAUUUGUUAUCACAGCUACAUACAAGAAGGGUUAUGAAACCAAUUUUUGGCAGCAAACUUAUACUUAUACGUUGCAGACAAAGUAGUUUGCACGGACAUGUUGAGGGUCUACUUUUCAAGGGUCUCGUAGAGAUUCUCAACUUUUAUCUCAGAUUUUAUAUUCACGAGGAAUUAGGGACCCCCCUUGAUUAUCCUACCGUAACUGAAAUGUAUUACGAACGUAUUGAAAGUUUUUUGAAGCUUUGCUACACGAAAUUUAAGGAUGAUGAUACUUUAAAGGACAUAUAUUUGGAGUCUCAGUAUACACUUUCUGAGAAAAAUGUACUCCAGGAACGUCUUAAAAAGUGUAAAACUGGCACUCUCGUUAAAAUAUGCAUGGAGUUUGGACUUUUGGGUGCUCAGAAUGAGGAGUCAGAUAGCUCGUUACUAGUACCAUCUCCAGUGCAACUUGUUCCUAUUAGAAGUAAGAGGAAGGGAGCAAUCAAGCUGUUUUUGGUUGAUGCAAUCUGCACACAUUUAGAGAAGCCUGUAGAUUCUGUAACAAUGUUGAAUGAGUCAUCUCUAUACAACACGGAAGAAGUUCUUUGGAACUCGUGUCAUAUCCCAUCAGACCAAUAUGUCAGACUUUCUUCCUUGGCAAUUUUUAAGUUAAAUCUCCAAUAUUUGACCUUGUUCGACUAUCUUUACAGAAACUUUAUGCUCUUUAGAUUGGAAAGUGCAUAUCAAAUUAGAUCAAAUAUUCAAGAGGCGGUAUAUCACACUCACCCAAAAGCAAUACUAUCGUCAAAAGUUACACAUCAGAGUGUAGAUGGAGCCUCUGGAUCAACUGUCACAGUUUUUGAGGAUUCUUAUAGAAUGGCUAUAGAGGUUGAAUCUCUUACAAUCACCCGCGUUCACGCCGCAAAUGUGCUUGCUUCUAUGAACUCUCAUGUUGAGGUUGUCAUAGUAAUCGAUACUGCAAAGGUAAAGGAUUUCCAAAUUAGAAAGGAAUGGCAGAAACUUAAAAAACACGAUGUAAUAUUCCUUGUGGCUGUAGCUCCUGCAAUGAAUAUAGAGGCUUCUCACCCAGAUACUUACGAAACACCAGAAGAGGUUGCCCUAAGUCUAGGAAUUAACCUCGUCAGGGGUGCUGAGAUAAUUUCAAUGUCAGACGAAGAGGGACACAUUAUAUCAGAUUUGAAUCCUUAUGAAAAGAGAGUUCCUAUAGGCUUCAAAAUGACCAUUAAGGCUCAUAUGGACUAUAACCAGUAUGUAGAAGAUAUGGAAAAGGAUCCGAACAUGUAUCUGAAAAUGAAUUUACUCAUAAGAAGGCAUGCGCGGGAAAAUAACUUUAAAGCUGUUUUGGGCACCCUGCGUUCUAUUAUAAAUAAGCCCGUUGAAAUACCAGAAUGGCUACACGAUUUGUUCCUUGGAUUUGGAGACCCGCAGGCUUCACAAUAUUCCAGUCUUGAGGAGGAUUAUUCCAUAAACUUUUUAAAUACAUGGAAGGACCUAGGACACCUUUGGAGCACAUGCAAGGGUUUUGUCUGUAUCGCAGUUGAAGUUGAAAAUGGAUUAAUGGGAGAGUUACCUCGCAUAGAUGCAGAUUUUGAGUCUAGGGAAAUUUCAGAAUCUGAAUGUAAAAUUUUGGAACUGGAAAAUGUAUUGGAAUCUGGAAAGGAUAUUCUAGAAAUAGUUUGUGCAACUUUGGGCUUUGACUCUUUUUCAAACACUGAGACUUUAUCACCCGGCAAGCAAAUUGUAGAUUUCGAGAACAAACGCUUUAUUCUCUACACUGAUGUGGAUAUGCUAAAUUCUGAACCUGUUAAUGAUAGGUUCAGACAUCCCCUUCGGUCUGACUUGCUUGUAAAACCAAAAUUGCUUCUUGUUAGGCCAAAGUUUAAGGAGGUUGUAGCACCGAGCGUUAGCGAUGUAAAAUUCACAAGCAGCCAAGUUGAAGCAAUAAGAUCCGGUGUUAGCCCUGGUUUAACUCUAGUUGUUGGACCACCAGGAACUGGAAAGACGGACACUGUAUCCCAGAUUAUAUCCAUUCUAUUUAAAAACUAUACCAACGAGCGUAUAGUCAUUUGUACCCAUAGCAAUUUUGCCCUUAAUGAUAUAUUUACCAAACUCGUCCUAAACGGCCACGUGGAUGAGCAUCAUAUCGUUCGUCUGGGAUCAACUGAACUGGAAAUUGGUGAAUACGGUGAUUUCUCCAAAUGGGGACGUGUAAACUUUAUUUUACAGCGUAGACUAGACUUGCUGGCUCUAGUAAAAGAGUUUAUUGAUGCAUGCGGUAUUCAGGGAGACUAUGACUUUAGCAUUCAAAUGGCACUCCAGCUCUUUGAUGCCAAGCUGUUGCCUAACAUCAAGAAAGAAGCUGUUGCAGGAUUUACCAGCUCUCUCUAUCCACAGUUUUUUGCAAAAGAGAUUGAAUUCCCGAGAUCAGUCAGAGAUUUGAAACUAUUGUGGUCUUUCGUAAAGGGUUCAGAGUAUACCAAGGAUGUAGAGAAUAAUGAAGAAAACAGUGUGCCAGAAGAUGAGGCGAAUCCUGGCACUGUUACCAAGGAAUACGAUGCGGUACUCUGCAAAAACUUUUUGAUUCGUCUCUAUUCGUGCCUAAAGGAGCUUCUUCCAUUUGAAGUGCUGAGAAACAACACGGAAAGAGGCAAGUACUUGGUGGAAAAGUUUGCAAGAAUGGUGGCAAUGACAUGCACUCAUGCGGCAAUCGCUAGGCAGGAGUUGGAACAUGUCAAGUAUUCUACCUUGGUUCUCGAGGAAGCUGCACAGGUGCUUGAAAUUGAAACAUUUAUUCCCCUCGCUCAAAAUGUAAAACGAGUUGUUUUAAGUGGAGAUCACUUACAAUUACCUCCAGUAGUUCAGAAUAAAUGUAUGGACGUUUAUGGAGGAUUAUCGCAGUCUUUAUUUUCUAGAAUGAUCCGUUUGGGGACACCUCAUGUAGUACUUGAUAAGCAGGGCAGAUCUAGACCAGAAAUUGCAGACUUGUGGACGCAUCGCUACAAACACGCCAUAGGAAGUAUACAUUCUGAUUACCCAGACAUUAAUCCAGGGUUUAAGCACUUUUGUCAGUUUGUUCAUGUAAAUGGCACGGAGAGUGCACCUAUUCGACAUUUUUACCAGAAUUUGCAAGAAGCUGAACUUGUGGUUUCUGUGUACAAGUAUAUAAGAAUAUCGCAAAAUGCAGGAAAGGACGCUCCGUCAAUCGCAAUUCUUACUGCCUAUAAUGGCCAAAAGGCUCUUGUAGAGGAUGUUGUAAAAAAGAGAUGUGCAGAUGGUCACGUUCCAUUUAUUUCAACAAUUGAUAAAUUCCAGGGAAGGCAGGCGGACUAUGCUUUAAUAUCUCUUGUACGUACGGAAAGACCAGGUCAUUUGAGGGAUGCAAGGAGGAUUUUGGUUGCUCUAUCUCGUGCCCGUCUUGGUCUCUAUAUUUUUGGAAACUGGCGAAUAUUUAAAAAUUGCAAAGAGUUGGAUGGAUUUUCGAGCAAACUUGACCUCUAUCCAAAAGAAUUGGAACUGCAAUGUGACGCUGGAUCAUUUUCAGUUUCAAGCGCAAAGGAGAUGGACUCUGUAAUUUCACAAUUAAGGAGACUUUAA